ACAUAUGAAAAUAGGCUUGCCAAUGCAUCUUAUCUUGCAAAAAGAAUUGAAAAUGCAAUAAGAGAUAAUCCCACAAUUCCUAUUCAGCAAUUGAAAAAUAGAAUUCGAUCAAAAUGCAAUGUGGAUGUGAGUAGAUUUAAGGUGAUGAGAGCCAAAAAAGAAGCUUUACAGAGAAUCAGGGGGGAUGAUGCAAAGCAAUACGAAUUGUUGUGGGAUUACUGUGAAACUGUCAGAAAUUGUAAUCCAGGGUCUAAGCUCAUACUUAAAAAACUGGAAAAUUCUGAUCCCCCAGUUUUUGAUAGAAUGUA